AUGAGCGAAUGGGAAGUGAAGUGGUACAGCGAAGCGGGACGACGAGACUUCGCAAAGUCAAGAGCAUCACAGGAGCGCGCCGUAUGGGUGCAAUGGUACGGACGAAGGUUUGCCGAGCCGGCCGGCACUGCCGGUGUUGCAGUGGUGCCGGGCCUCGGAACGCGGAAAGCCAUGGCCUCCACUGCAGUCAGCUUGGCCCACUUCCGCUGUCGAAAGCAUUACGCGCCCUUUCUGCUUUUGCUAUCCUUCGCCAGUGGGGCCGUCGAUGUUUUCUCAAUUCCUGCACUACAUAUCUUCGUGGCCAACAAUACUGGUAAUCUAAUCUUCUUGGCCCUGGCGGCUGCCCAACUUUCGGCUGUAGACCCCGGUGCGAUCUAUCCCAUCUCUGCUAUAAUUGCUUUGGCUGGAUCAUGGCUGGGGUCUUUAGCUAGCAGCUUCGCUGGUCGAACGCUGGGCAAAAGUCAACGGCGGUAUGUCUUUGCGGAUCUGCUGCUGCAGUCUAUCCUCAUGUUCAUCGUCUGCGGACUAUACUGGGGCCAUGUCAUUGCUUUCCACGAUGGCAGGACAGAGUAUAUCGCUGUCUCCCUUCUACCAGUAGAAGGUUACUGA